CGGGCUCGCAGCUAGGCGGGCGCCCGCGGAGAGCCCCGGGAGCCCCGCGCCAGGCGCGGCCAGGACCUCGGGCGCUGCAGCCGGCGGCCCGCAGCGGAGAUAAAUAUGGCAGAGCUUUCUGAGACAGAAGGACCAGUAGAUUGGAAAGAACGAUGUGUAGCUCUGGAGUCCCAGCUCAUGAAAUUUAGAGUUCAAGCAAGCAAGAUAAGAGAGCUCUUAGCAGAGAAGAUGCAACAGCUUGAGAGACAAGUUAUUGAUGCUGAACGUCAAGCAGAAAAAGCUUUUCAACAGGUACAAGUUAUGGAAGAGAAAUUAAAAGCAGCUAAUAUUCAAACCAGUGAAUCAGAGACAAGGCUGUAUAAGAAGUGUCAAGAUUUGGAGACCCUCAUACAAGAAAAAGAUGACAUCAUUCAAAACUUGGAACUGCAGCUUGAAGAACAGAAACAAAUAAGGAUACAAGAAGCUAAAAUAAUAGAAGAAAAAGCAGCUAAAAUCAAAGAAUGGGUAACACUUAAAUUAAACGAGCUGGAAUUAGAAAAUCAGAAUCUUCGUUUGAUCAACCAAAACCAAACUGAAGAGAUAAGAACAAUACAGUCAAAACUACAAGAAGUUCAAGGAAAGAAGUCAUCCUCUGUCUCCACACCAAAGCUUUCGGAAGGCCAGCGCCUAAGCAGUUUGACCUUUGGAUGCUUUUUAUCCCGAGCAAGGAGCCCUCCUCAAGUAGUAAAAUCUGAGGAAAUGAGCAAGAUAUCAUCCAAAGAACCUGAGUUCACGGAGGGAAAAGACAUAGAAGAAAUGGAAAUUCCAGAAAAGUCGGGCGAGAACCAAAUUCAAGAAAACAACCGGGGUCAGAGGACAUUGCAUCAAACCCCUUGUGUCCCAGAACAGAAUCAGAAUACAAGAACAAGCUUUGCAACAGAUGGUGGCACAUCUCAGAAUUCUGGGGCUCCAGGAAGUGACUGGAGUUCUGAUGAGGAAGAUGAGAGCAAAGGAAGAUCCAAGUGCAGGUAUACGUCUACCCUUUCCAGUCACACAUCAGAGGAAGGGGUACAGUGCAGCAGGAUGGGCAGCGAAGUGUACCUGACAGCAUCUGAUGACAGCAGUUCUAUAUUUGAAGAAGAGACUUUCGGCAUUAAGAGACUAGAACACAAGAAGCUGUAUUCUUGGCAACAGGAGGCACAGUGGAAAGCUCAGAAUUGUCCUCUCAUAAAGGGAAAUUCUGAAUCAAGUAAAAAGGAGCAUGAUAGUUCGUCGGAUGAACUGAAUAAAAAAUUUCAGUCUCAGAGACUGGAUUAUUCAUCUUCGUCUAGUGAGGCCAACACCCCCAGCCCUAUUUUGACUCCAGCUUUGACUCCCAAGCAUCCUAACUCACUCCCUGGAAGAGGCACACAGUUAGCAUCUUCAUCAUACCUGCCGCCCCCAAAGUUAAGGAUUCCUAAUGUUUUCAGUAUAAGUGUGGCGCUAGCCAAAAGACACUUAAGUCAACCACAGUUAAGCUCCGAUAGGAUGUUUGGCACAAAUAGAAAUGCUAUAAGCAUGAUACGGCCGCUCAGACCCCAGGAAACAGACCUUGACCUGGUUGAUGAUGACAGUACAGACAUUUUAGAGAAUAUGGACACCAGUUGUGAUGAUGGAUUGUUUUCCUACGACUCCCUGGAAUCCCCAUGCUCCGAUGACCAGGAAACCUGCGACGUGGCCAAGAAGCCGGCGUGCAGCAAACCGCCUACCCCGCCGCUGCACCGGUUUCCCUCUUGGGAGAGCAGAAUUUAUGCUGUAGCCAAAUCAGGUAUUCGAAUGUCUGAGGCCUUCAAUAUGGAGAAUGUUAAUAAAAAUUCUGUUGCUCUGCUCUCCUAUACCACAUCAGGGCUUUAUACCUCUCUGAUAUACAAGAAUAUGACAACCCCAGUGUAUACAACUUUGAAGGGGAAGGCAACCCAAAUAAGCAGCAGUCCGUUCCUGGAUGACUCCUCUGGGUCAGAGGAAGAAGAUAGUUCCAGAUCUAGCUCCCGGACUUCAGAGUCAGACACACGCAGUCGGAGCGGACCAGGCAGCCCCAGAGCCAUGAAACGAGGUGUAUCUCUCUCUUCAGUGGCUUCUGAAAGUGAUUAUGCCAUUCCUCCAGAUGCUUACUCCACAGACACGGAGUACUCACAGCCAGAGCAGAAGCUCCCUAAAACUUGUUCAUCAUCCAGUGAUAACGGGAAAAAUGAACCACUGGAAAAAUCUGGCUAUUUAUUAAAAAUGAGUGGUAAAGUCAAGACUUGGAAGAGGAGAUGGUUUGUUCUUAAAGGUGGUGAAUUACUUUACUAUAAAUCUCCGAGUGAUGUAAUUAGAAAACCCCAGGGCCAUAUUGAACUUAGUGCAUCCUGCAGCAUUUUAAGAGGAGAUAACAAACAAACAGUCCAGUUGACCACUGAAAAACACACAUACUAUCUGACUGCAGAUUCUCCCAACAUAUUGGAAGAAUGGAUUAAAGUGUUACAGAAUGUUCUCCGAGUACAAGCUGCCAACCCGCUUUUUCUGCAGCCUGAGGGCAAACCAACGGUGAAGGGAUUGCUCACCAAGGUAAAGCAUGGUUACUCCAAGAGAGUCUGGUGUACACUUAUAGGAAAGACAUUAUAUUAUUUUCGUAGUCAAGAAGAUAAGUUUCCUUUAGGUCAAAUCAAACUCUGGGAGGCUAACGUUGAAGAGGUUGACAGAUCCUGUGAUUCAGAUGAAGAUUAUGAAGCCAGUGGAAGAAGUCUGUUAUCCACACAUUACACCAUCGUGAUCCACCCGAAAGACCAAGGUCCAACUUACCUCCUAAUUGGAUCCAAGCAUGAAAAGGACACUUGGCUUUAUCAUCUGACUGUUGCAGCAGGAAGUAACAAUGUUAAUGUUGGAUCAGAAUUUGAACAACUCGUUUGCAAACUGCUCAAUAUUGAAGGAGAACCUUCUUCUCAGAUAUGGAGACACCCUACCUUGUGUCACAGCAAAGAAGGAAUCAUUUCCCCACUGACAACACUACCUUCUGAAGCUCUACAGACAGAAGCUAUUAAAUUAUUUAAGACAUGCCAGCUUUUUAUAAAUGCAGCAGUGGACUCCCCUGCGAUUGAUUACCAUAUAUCUCUAGCCCAGAGUGCUCUGCAAAUCUGUCUGACACAUCCUGAGCUACAAAAUGAAAUUUGCUGUCAGCUCAUUAAACAGACAAGACGGAGACAGCCACAGAAUCAACCAGGACCGCUGCAGGGCUGGCAGCUCUUGGCUCUCUGUGUUGGGCUCUUCCUUCCCCACCAUCCUUUCCUGUGGCUCCUCAGGCUCCACCUAAAGAGGAAUGCAGAUUCCAGGACAGAAUUUGGAAAAUAUGCCAUUUACUGCCAGCGAUGUGUAGAAAGAACACAACAAAACGGAGAUCGAGAAGCAAGACCCUCAAGAAUGGAAAUUCUUUCAACCCUUCUUCGAAACCCUUACCAUCAUUCUUUGCCUUUCAGUAUCCCUGUGCACUUCAUGAAUGGGAUAUAUCAGGUAGUUGGAUUUGAUGCAUCUACCACAGUGGAAGAAUUUUUGAACACUCUGAACCAGGAUACAGGAAUGAGGAAGCCAACACAGUCCGGCUUUGCAUUAUUCACCGACGAUCCUUCUGGCAAAGAUUUAGAGCAUUGUCUUCAAGGAAACAUUAAGAUAUGUGACAUCAUUUCUAAGUGGGAGCAGGCCUCCAAAGAACAGCAACCUGGGAAAUGGGAAGGUACGAGAACUGUUCGUCUAACUUACAAAAACAGACUAUAUUUCUCAAUGCAAGCACGUGGAGAGACUGAUAGAGAAAAGUUGCUGUUAAUGUAUCAGACAAAUGAUCAAAUAAUAAAUGGACUUUUUCCUCUGAACAAGGAUUUGGCAUUAGAAAUGGCGGCUCUUUUAGCUCAGCAUGUCCUCUUCGUGGUCCUGGAGAGCUGCCAGAGCUCCAGCUAUUACAUCAGAGUUCCAGGCAUCAUGAUGGAGGAAGGGUUGAAACAGGGCAUGUCUUCCCUCUCACCUUUGAGAAACUUUCUAGAGGUUAUACAACACAUGCAUUUAUGUCUCCCUGGUCAAAACUUGGCUGUAUGGCCUUGCCAACCUACAAGGGAGACUAGCAAAUGUUGUCUUUGCUGGGUGGCAAGGAGCACAGCUAAAUUCAAGGUGGAGAUUGGAGAUUUUGAAAGACCCUUUUCAACUCCAGCGGGGCAUGUUACUAAUCAGUGCAAAACAAAUCAAACUCUAAAACAAGUCAUAGAAAAAUUUUAUCCUAAAAGGUAUAGAGAUGACUCUUCUGAAGAACAGUUAAGGCAGCUCUGCCAGCGACUGUCGACCAGAUGGAUGGCCCUCCGGGGUCACAGUGCUGCUGACUGUGUACGCAUUUAUUUGACCGUAGCCAGGAAGUGGCCAUUCUUUGGUGCCAAGUUGUUUCUUGCGAAACCCAUAACUCCAUCAGCACUCGGAAGUACUUUCAUGUGGCUGGCUAUCCAUGAGGAUGGUUUAAGCAUCUUAGAAUACAACUCCAUGAGGUUAAUAGUCAGCUAUGUGUACAAGAGUCUGAUGACCUUUGGGGGUCAUCAAGAUGAUUUCAUGAUAGUCAUUAACAACACACAUUCAAAGGACAAGCCAACAGAGAAAUUACUUUUUGCCAUGGCAAAACCCAAGAUUCUAGAAAUCACUCUUUUGAUCGCCAGUUACAUAAACAACUUCCAUCAGCAAAAGGCAGCCUUUCACCACCUCUCUGCUCCAGCACUGCUGUCAGCCCAGACUCGGGGACCCGAAGCCAGGGCAGUGGGAAGCCAGCCCCUUCUGUCAAGUAGCAGACCAACUAAAGGACCCACUUUACUUUGAAAGCUCGGGAGCCUGAACAUUCACUCCCAUCCUCCAGGCAAUGGCUGCAUCAGCUGCAAAAAAGUUCAUUUACACCCUGACAGCAUGGCACCCACACGUUGGUAUUCUAGACUUUAAAAAUGUGGGGGUUUAUUUAUUUCUUAAAUACUCAAAUGAAUACUACUAAUAAAACAUAAAUACAAAAUUUGCCCGCAUGCUGAUUUUCUCUUAGAUUAAAUGGGUUAGAAUUCAUCUUUCCCCACCUCCUUUGUCCCUUGCUAUCAGACAUAUCAUGCAACAUAGCAUUUUUUGUCUUUAAAAAAAAUAUAUUUUGGCAAAGGGAGAUUCCAGACUCUCAUUUGGCAAACCAGUUGAUUAUUUGGAAAUUCUCACCGCCAAGAAAUUAAGUACUGUAAUUAAAUGUGCUUUUAAUUAAUGAUAUGGUCUUUGGAAAGAAGUAGAGUAUAUAGUGUCAGAAACAGCUGAAGGAUGCUGUUUAGGGGUAAAUUAUUGGAGCAAGUGCAGUAACUCUGGCACUAUGAAUCUUGUAAGAAAAUGAGAGUUAGGUAACCAGAACCUCCUGUGUGGUACUUGGAAGUAUACUCUGUCACCUUUUCAGAUCACUGGAGUGUAUAAAGUUUAGAAUAAGACAGUGAUUCCCCAAAUUCCUUGGCUAUUACUAGAUAGCCCGCAUUCACUGGAAUAUUGCCCACAUUUCAUUGCAUUUGGUGCUGGGUCAUCUUGACCUUAUUUUGUUAAAUAAUGUCUUUGAAAGCAAAGACAGUUCUUAUAUUUUGCCCUCAUAUAGUUCUUUUUCAUUAUAGUUUUAACAUAAAUUCUCAGAAUAUUUUUUAAAAGAAAAGAGAAUUCUUCUGUCAAAGGAGGUAAAAUUUUAGUUGAGAGUAUCUAAAAUGUAUUACUUUGCUAGGUUACAUAAGUGGUCAGUUCAUUUCAGUAUAUGUCAAACAAAGUAAUUAGUAUUCAUGAUAAAAAUGAAACUGUGAUAAGACAUGAAAAUUAUAUUGUAAGACUAAUUGCAAUAGUAAUCAUGAGUAUACUUAAUUUUAUUUAUGUAUAGAAUAUUUGUAUUUAUUUUUUGAACAUAUAUUUAUCACUUUGUGUGUGGUAUUUUUUUAACCAGUUUGAAUAAAAAAUGUUAGCUGCUGAAUUAAUUUGUUGGCAGAGCCUUCAUAUUUUUCUUCUUUGCUGCUUUCACCCUAUGGCAAUGUACUGUUGUCACACUAAGCCUUUUAAAAAUAUUCCAUCUCAUCAGAGCCAAGAAAUACCCUGCUCAACUAAGAUUUUACUUUAUUGUUAAUGUCAAAAAGAUAAAAAAAAAAAACCUCCAUAGAAAUAUAUUUCCAUUUACUGUUUCCCCUAAGUCUUUUGAGCCACAACCACUCACUGCAUAAGCAAGUUGGUUUUUGAGAAUAUACCAGUUACCAGUUUGUGAUGACUGACAGGAAUUUUUUGGCUGGGAUACAAUAGUGUUUCUUAGUUCCCAGAAAACUGUUCAAUAAUCAUUAGUUGGUGAGCCAGGGGCUUGGCACAGCUUACAUAUGUGUGAGGAUUUUAUUCUCAGGCAGUAGUUAGUUCACCAUCUGGUAAGCACACCCCCCUCCAGAUCUUCUAAUUUGAACAAGUAGUGAAGGCUUAGCUUAAAUGGUGGUACCUUACACUUGGCAUUUAUUUUUGAUAGAACAGAGAUAAAAUAUUUUGAUGGAAAGAAAUCAAUUUUCUGUAACUGAUGAUGUGAAAAUUUUAUUUUCUGGGAAAUUACUUAUGUAGCCAUUUAAAAAAAUUCAAAGUAUGUUAUUAUGAUUGGUUACAAAAGAAUAAUGUUACGUGUUUAAUUGUAAUAUUUGUCUCCUAUCAUUUUCUUCCCUUUCAAUCAUAAUAAAUGAUUUACAAAACCCA